ACCAGUCUUAGGACUGACGACCUUAUGAUGAUGAUGAAGUUUAAUGAUUAAAUGCGUAUUUGGGCAAACCCACAGAAGUCGUCGUCACUAUACUUCUUUUGGCCUUUGGAUUUUCCAUUCUAUGGAAAUCAUAGAAGUUCAAAACGUUUCCUUUGAGCGUGACAGUUUAUGGCAUUUUGAAUUCUGAAGGAAGAAAAUGGAUCCCACAAGGAGAUAUAAAUGUAAAGAUCAAAUAAAGGAGCAAGCAGAACUGGACGAGGAGUUCAAGGACAUGUUCAUGGAGCUAUCGUUGAACAUCCUCUUGGAUCAUCCGACUGAUCACAUCGGCUACUCUGUCGACUUUUUUCAAAAGAUGCAAGACAGCCGGCAUACGCGGCUUGUGUAUGACAUUCAGAUACCAGAACCGUCCACGUUAUACUCGGAGGAUUAUUACGACGACGACGAGCCCCAGUUAGAAUUCCGAAGAAGUUCGGUGGUCGGCGAAUACUACAAUCCGGACGAAACAUUCUUCGACGCGACCCCAAUAUACCCAAAGAACGACCAGCAACUGUACUACAUUCAGAAAACGGUCAAUAACGUUUUCCUAUUUCGUAUUUUAGACGAGAACACCAGAAACGCCCUCAUCAACGCCAUGUACGAAGUAAUAGUAAGUGCGGAUGAGGUUAUAGUCAAAGAGGGGGAGAAAAUCGACAAGUUCUACAUUGUUGGAAGUGGUAGCUUUUACGUUAUCAAGACGGACGAGGAGACAUUCCAACCGAUGGUAACGGAAAUCUUGCAAAAUUCGAGAAGUUUCGGUCAAGUGGCGUUGCUUCACGAAGCCAAUUGGGACUCUACCAUCCAGGCAAUGACCGAUGGAACAUUAUGGGCUUUGGAGCGCGCCACUUACCAUCAUUUCGCUGUUAACUUUUCGUUCCUCCGAAGGAAAUACGGAGAGAAACUGAUCAACAAAGUGCUCCUCUUGUCGAAUUUACCACCUGGGAUCUUAACUACAAUUGCCGAAUUACUUGACAUCCGUACAUACUCGCCAGGGGAGAGGAUCAUCAAGGAAUCUGACAAACCAGACGGCGUCUACUUCGUGAUUAACGGAAGUGUAGUUUUGACAUUUAUAAAUAAUUGCGGUCUUGAAGAACUCAUCAGGAAGGUCGCGGUGGAAGAUUGUUUUGGCGAAGUUUGCCUUGUGACAGACAAGCCGAGAAGCUUCUCGGCUUAUGCGAGCGAAGAGGAAGCCGCGGAGGUCUUUUUCUUGGAGAAAGCCAAGUUCGAACGGGUUUUGGGACCCACCAUAGAUGUACUGAGAGAAAAUAUAUGCUUGUACCAACAGCAGAAACGAAAGAUGGACUUUUUUGUGUCGGAUUCCUGCUAUGGAGAACUUUAAACUGAAAUACUACGGUCAUUUUGUGUA